AUGGCCGCCUCCUCCGCGCGGCCCGCCGUCCUGGCCCUCACCGGCCUGGUGCUGCUCCUGCUGCUCUGCCUGGGCCCAGGUGGCAUAAGUGGAAAUAAACGCAAGCUGAUGCUUCAAAAACGGGAAGUGUCAGUGGUCCAGGCACAGCAACAGGAUGGAAAGUCUCUUUUCCUCCAGAAAUUUGAAGAUGACAUCACCUACUGGCUAAACAGAAAUAGAAACGGGCGCGACUAUUACCGUGAUUACUACCAGCGUCACUAUGAUGAAGACGCUGCGAUUGGUCCCUGAAGCCCCUACAGCGUUAGGCACGGAGCCAGUGUCAACUAUGACGAUUACUAACCAUGACCACACAGUGUCCAAGACACCAAGAGUGAUUUUCUUCAUGUAUCUCAUAAUCUCAAACUAUCUGGUUUCCAUUUUGCUUUAUUUCAGCUGAUCUUUCCUAUCUACUUUUCUAGAGUCUUCUGUGACGAAAAAGACUUACGCAAAGAAUAUGAAUGCCUUUUGAUAUUUCAUGCAGGUACCUAAAAAUGCCUUUCAUUUAAAAAUCGGAAUAAAAGCAUUUUGUUAAAAAGUCUCUGCAAAUUCAUUUGGCUGAAAUUUAAGCCGCCAACAGUUUUCAUGCCCUUGCUGUUUCUGAAGUUGAAGCAUCUUCUGAGAGGUAUUUCUCCCUUGUUAUCUCAAGUUACACUUCCAAGAUCCUUCCCACCACACGAGGUAAACCAUGGUACUGAGUCAGGGGUAUUCAGUUUGCUAAAAUUUAGUGCAUGCUAAAUGCAAGAUAUAAAAAUCAGCAAGAAAAUUUAAUGAAAAUCAUGUAAAAGCUUGCAGACAAUGGUUUGGAGAAUUCUUAUUCGACAGCUCAAGCUCUCACAAGAGUUCAGCAGAAAUCCCUAGGCAAUAAUAGUUGGCUUUUCCUUCAUUUCGGGACUGCAGAUCCCUUAUUUCUGUACCAUCUAGGGGCCGCAUCUACAAAGAUAUUCUCUAUAUAUUUAGAAUUGUGUUCAGUAUUUCAUUUGCUCCCGCUGGGCAGCUUCCUCAGGUUAUCUAAUUCGCCAUACUGCUGGGAACAGAACAUCUGUUUGGUCAUUUAUUCUAAGGAGUGCCUCUCAGACAGUCUUCAACUUUUCUGUGUCAAGGAAUACCUCUUAAGAAUAAUGUUUUUAAAUGCAUAAAACACAUAGGAUUGUCAAGGAGGCCAAUUGUAUUUAAAAAGCUAUCCACAUUUGA